GACGGGUGACGACGCCGGUAAUAAGUGUGACUCGACCACAAUGGGUGCCGCGGGAAAAUAUUUCAAAAAACAAUUCCAAGUUUCGAAAUUCAAAUUAAAACAUGGUGACCCUACGGACUUUUACCUUGGGUGUUGGCAGAGGGAUGUGGCGGCCUUACCCAUGCUCUGCCUAAGAGCUAUUAUAUUCUUAGGAUGCCUGGCGAUUAUUUUAACGUCUAUGGUGAUGACGGGACUGGGAAUGAACUUCGGAUUCUGGUUCAUAUACCUGACGCAUUGGGGACUGUUCAUGAUUACACUGACUUCCGGGUUUGCCUUCGCCGUCUCCUGGAUGGCUUAUACGAGAGGAUCAAUCGAGGCGACGUUCGACCUGCCGUGGUAUGUCAAAACAUACUGGGCUCUGUACAACAUAGGCAUUCCACUGGCCUUCUUUAUCUCCAUAUACUAUUUUACAUUUCUCACGGGUUUUGAGGACGUGGAGUUGGCAAUAGACCCGGUGUUAGACUUGUUUAUCCACGCAAUAAACUCUGUUCUGAUGCUGCUUCUGCUGGUGACGUCACGGCUGCCGUCGCGGCCGCUGCACUUCUUCUACCCGGUGUGCUUCACCCUCGUCUACCUCAUCUUCACCGUCUUCUUUUACUUGGCUGACGGCAGGGACCCGUUCGACAAUAACUUCAUCUAUCCGACACUAGACUGGUCGGAGCCGGGGAUCACGACGGUGAUGGUGGUGAUAUCAGCUGUGGCGCUGAUCGUGGUGCACCUGGUGGUGGUGGGGCUGGCGCUGGCCAGGAACGCACUCACUCGGCGAUUCCGCCAAGUCGUCGUCAUCUCGGACAUCACCUAUUCGUACAAUUAAAAGUUCCUCUUAAAUUAUUAAUUAAAUCCAACUCUGGUGCGGCAACAGUCCAUGGGCGACGAUAACCACCUCCUGCCAUGCCCCUCCUCACAUCUUCUGCCUCUUUUUUAUAAUAAUAAAAUAUGGCAGCAAGAUUGAUACGGUAACGCGCAUCUCUACAAUGUGAAUCCAUAAAAUCAACUCAUACUCUAUUGUGCCUCUUAGACAGGCGGAUUUAUUACCUAAUGGGUAAAAAGUUGCAUCAGCAAAUACAACAGGCCAUAUUCAUGCAACUUCUAGGCUCACACUCAUCGAGAAGAGGAGCAUAAAAUAAUAAGCACACUCCACCAUUCUGCUGGAGUACGAGUAUCAUCGAAUGUCUAGUCUGAAAUAAAUGCUGCGGAAUACUUAGUUAAGUAUAGUGCUUGUGAAGAAUCAUGACCAAAUGUGAUAAAUUAUUUUGUAUUAUU